GGUGGUGGUGAGUGGGUGUGGGUGUGGGUGGGGGGUAUGGGGAGAGGGGAGGAUAGGCAAGAACACAAGAACAUAGGGAGACUGCAAGAGGCUGACUGGCACACACAAGGCAGCUCCCUAAACUUAACCUAACCUAACAAAGCCCCAAACAGUUACUAAAGGAAGCUAUGAGAGCACAAGGAAAUUAUAAGACACACAAAAUUGGGAAAUGAUAACAAGUAACAAACAAGAGGACAUAAGCAUACACAGACACAAACACACACACACACACACGCACACACAGUUUCCUCACUACUAAGAAUGACAGACGUGCCUCACAAUCACUCGUACAGAAGAGAAUGUGAGAUAUGGGAUAAGAGGAGGGAGGGAAGGAAGGCAGGGUGGAUAAAGGAGGGAGGGAGGGUAUAGCCCAAGUUCCUCCUUCCUUCCUUUCAGUGGUUCAGUGGCAUGGCUGGGCUGCUGCUGCCCCUGCUGCUGCUCUGCUGGGGCCACACAGCCACAGCCUCACCCCAGGCCUGGUGGUGUGCGGCCCAUUACCACACCCUGCCUACUACGCAGGCCCCACAAGACCCUGCCGCACCGUGCUACACCAAUGAGGAUGCAGUCACCCUGGCCCUGCCCAUCCUGCUCAGCCUGAAGAACCACUGCCAGGUCAAGAGCAGGCGGUGUGGCUGGGGCAUGAAUCUCCACCUGCUGGAUGGCACAGGGCUCGAGCAAGGUGUGGUUAAGGUGAGGUGGAGUGAGAAGCUUGGUGGAGUGGUCAUGUUGGGCAUCGUGACCUGUUGCAACUCGUCAAAUCUCAACACUUACCGGGUCACUCUCCAGCCUGACCCUGUGGUACACCUGCAGGUGGAGGCAGCAGGGCCACAGGUGACCCUCAGCCUCCUGAAGGCCACAGGGAAGGCCACAGUCAUGACCCUCACAUUCCAGGAUGGCCUGCCCUCCAAAGUGACGGCCAGCCCUUACACACGGUGGGGUUACCCGGCUGCCAACACCACCACCACCACUGCUGCCAACACCACCACCACCCCCACCACCAGCCAUCCUCUGGUGUUGGUGAUCACCGUCCUGGUGGCCAUCAGUGUGGUGGUGAGUGUGGCCAUGCUGGUGCUGGUGUGGUGUGGGUGGCCUGGAGGGGUCCCUGCCGGGGCCACACGGUGAGGCUGACACACAGCACCCAGGCCAGCACCAAGCAGAGGACCCAGCCCAAGGCCAACCAGUGACCCAGACCACCUAGACCCUGCUGUGUUACUGAGGCAGGUGGUGGCUGCUUCCACCACCACCACCACCACUGCUGCCACCACCAUCACCACCGCUGCCACCACCAUCACCACCACCACCGCUGCCACCACCAUCACCACCACCACCGCUGCCACCACCAUCACCACCACCACCGCUGCCACCACCAUCACCACCACCACCGCUGCCACCACCAUCACCACCACUGGCACCUUCCAAAACAGUGUCAUGGUAAGCACUCAACACAACCUAUACUAUCCAUGUCUGUCAGCUUUUCUACUAUAGUCAGAGACAAAUAUGAAGUCUUUCCGGGUGGGGCCCGAACCUCUUCCCAGGGCUGCUGUGAUAGACUGAGGACUGGCCAAUACUUUUUUUUCUUUCUACAGUAAAGGAAACAGCUCAAGGGCAAAAACAAAUAAAUGCAUAAAAGACCACAAGCACUGCUCCUAUAAAAAAGGGGGGUGGAGUGGCUUAAAGAGAGAGUGGCAAAUCUCAAAACAAAUACAAACAACAAUGCCCGCUAGUUAUGCUCCUAAAAAAAAAAAAAAAAUAAAUAAAUAAAUAAAUAAAUAAAAGGGAAGACAAGGGUAGAGAAGUGGUCAAGAGGUCAAUUUUGUAAGUUUGGAGCAUCGUGUAAUGGCACUGUCCCCUCAAGAGCUGACUACUGAGGGAACAGAGUUGUCAAUAAGGCAAGGUAUCACAGUUCAUGCAAAUAUCACUUCCCUCCACCAGGAACUUCCUCUCAAAAACAAAACAGGUGGUGGAAAUGAAGAAGGCAACUGUGAGGUCUAUGUCUAUGGAAGUCUAUGGAAGGGAAAAUAAGGAUGAUAAAUGAAAAGAAGAAGAAGAAGGUGAAGAAGGAAGAGGAGGAAGGGACGAGAAAAAAGAAAAAAUGAAAUAAAAGAGAAAAGAAAGAAUUAGAAUGAGAUAGAAGAAUAAGUUGAGAUAGAAGAAGAAGCAAAAGAAGAAGAGAAAGAAGCACAAGAAGAAGGCAAUGAAGAAGAAGAAGAAAAGAUGAUAGUGAUGAAAAAGAAGUCUAUCAAAGGUGAGAGAGUAAACUGUGGAGUGAUGGAGGUGGUCAUGUUGCCAGGCAGUGACGGGAAACAAAAAAACAAAGUCGGCCAAA